CUGCGCUCUUUCAGCGGCGGCAGGGUUCUAUACCUGAGGGCUCAGGGUCUGUUUGUCGCCUCCAGAACAUGAAAUCUGACUUUAAAUGAUCAGCACAGCGCCAGGAAAAAAAUAUGACGCAUUACCUGUCAUAACGUGGUUUUAAUAAAUGAAAUGUUAUUCUAAAGCUCGAGAUAUCGGUUUAAAGUCGCAAUUUAUCGAUCUCUGUGAUUAUUAAUCAUUUAUAUCAGUGCAGAAAACCAUACAGGUCGGUGCCAGCGUCAUCGUAAUCUUGGAGGCAGCGGAUCAUCUGCCUCCAUCUCACCUGCAUCCUCCUCUGUCACACCAACCUCUGCAUGGCCUCCAUGUCGCAGUGUCCAAACCAUCUCAGCCUCCUGUCUCUUACCUGUGUCUCCACCUGAGCUCUCUCUCCGAUCCACCUCCACACUCCUGCCUUGCUUUCCUUCCACCUGGUCUCUCCCUCCACACACCUUCCUCCUCCUCUGUCGAUACUUGGCAGUAGGAUAUUUUCCACCUGCACCUUGCUAACUUUGAGUUGUAUCCAUUUCCAAAUGGAUAGAAAACAAAAGCUAAAAGGGUAACGACGACCACCUCCGGAGCUGCAGUGAGGAGGAGGAGGAGGAGGAUGAUCUGCUUUGGGAAAAAUAUAAUUUUUAGGGUGUAACAAUGGGAACGUGUUUGUGUUUGGCUCACAGGCUGUGAGGAGGCCAGUCGUGACACGGGGGCGGUUUAUUUUAGGAAAAACUUCACUCACAUUUCAUCGGGGUCUGUAUCUUUGGUUAGAAAUAUCAGGAUCUGGUUUGAUGGGAUUCAUCCUCAGGUCCUGUUCCAGCAGCGCUCACAACUCCACCUCAGACCACCAGAGAGGAAGAGGAGGAGGAGGAGGAGGAAGAGGAGAACAGGCUGAAACGGAAACGAGAUGAUGCGGACAGAAAAGAGGAAGAGGAGGAGAAGGAGGAGGAGGUCAAGAAAGUUUGUAAAGAAGGUCUUCAGCUGUUCCACCACAAUGCCUCCCGGUGCUCAGAGCGUACGUGGCGGCGAGGCGUGGCGAGCGGGAGGAGAUGCAGGACGCUCACGUGCUGCUGCCGGACAUGAGCAGCUGUCUGUCUGCGCUGCCAGGAAACGUGUCUCGAGUGUCGUACUUUGCCGUGUUCGACGGUCACGGCGGUGCUCGAGCUUCUCGAUUUGCCGCUGAGAAUCUCCACCACAUUCUGGCCAAGAAGUUCCCCAGAGGAGAUGCUGAAAAUGUGGACAAGCUGAUUAAGAGGUGUCUCCUGGACACGUUUAAGCAGACCGACGAAGACUUCCUGAAGAAGGCCUCCAGCCAGAAGCCGGCGUGGAAGGACGGCUCCACGGCUACCUGCGUGCUGGUGGUGGACGACAUGGUGUAUGUGGCCAACCUGGGAGACAGCAGGGCGGUGUUGUGUCGGAUGGAGGCAGCGGCAGACGGGCAGAGGAGGGCGGUGACUUUGGCUCUCAGUAAGGAGCACAACCCGACCAUCUAUGAGGAGAGGAUGAGGAUCCAGAGAGCCGGCGGCACCGUCAGGGACGGCCGGGUGCUUGGCGUCCUCGAGGUGUCUCGCUCCAUCGGGGACGGUCAGUACAAACGCUGCGGAGUCAUUUCGACCCCUGACCUGAGGAGGUGUCAGCUCACACCCAAUGACAGGUUCGUCAUCCUGGCCUGUGACGGCUUGUUCAAAGUGUUCUCGGCCGAUGAAGCCGUAAAGUUCGUCCUCGAUGUCCUCCAGGAGGAGAGCGCAGAGCAGAGGGCGGGGCUGAUGGAGGGCGAGCAGCGGUUUGAGGCCGCCUGCCAGCAGCUGGCCGGCGAGGCGGUCAGACGAGGCUGCGCCGACAACGUCACUGUGAUCCUGGUUUCUAUUGGCUGCUGAUCACGCAUCAUCCUCGUCAUGGUUUCAGUGUAGCUGUUGUAACGUCUGCUUCUU